AUGAUCCCUUCAACAACAAAAGUUCAUUCAACAACAAAUGAACAUCAACAACACCAACAACCUUCAUUUAUGACAACAAUGUCAAUUACUACAACCGGUAGAAGCAGUGAAUGUCGUCGAAGGAGAAGAAAGAAGGAAGAAAAAAGCAGCAAAAUAAAAAAUUUUUUCGAUAAUUUACUUGUUGGGAAAAGCGAUCCUUCAGAUUUUUCAAAAGCAUGGAGGAAAAAAUUUUCGAAACAUCCGUCUUGGUGCGAUGCAGAUAUGUGCCUUCAACAAAUUAAUUCUGGCAAUGCUUAUGGCAACAGACUAGCUUUAUAUUCCCGUGCUCUCUUCCAAAAAGCCCUUUUCCAUUUGGGCAAAUUUGUUCAAAAAUGGCCAAAAUCAAUUAUUGUGUUGGGAAUUAUUGUUUUAUUAAUUUGUUGUUAUUGGCUAAAGGAUGUUAAAAUUGAAACGGAUUUGGUUAAACUGUGGGUAGAACAAGGAGGUAGAUUAGAUGAAGAAAUGGCAUUUUUGCCAAAGUCGAAAGAAAAAUAUUAUUUACAAAAACAAUUAAGAGAAGAAAAACAAAUAAAUGGAACUGAAGAACACAGAAAAAAUAAAAAGAGAGAGGCCGUCAGAGUUUCUGAAAUUCCGACAGAUUCGGCUAAUUUUGGAGGAGGUUUUCAGGUAGUAAUUCAAACACCAGAACACCCAAAUAUGAAUAUGCUUACAAGAGAAGCGUUAAUUAAACAUGUUAAUAUUUUGGAACAAAUUGCUAAUUAUAGUGUAGAAGUUUUUGGAGAGACUUGGUAUUUGUCUGAUAUUUGCUUCAAACCGCCACCUCCCACAGCCUCAAAAGAUGUUUUGUCGCAAUUAAUUGAAGAAAUAAUGGCACAAAUAAUUCCUUGUGUUUGGAUAACACCUAUAGAUUGUUUUUGGGAAGGUUCUAAACCUUUGGGGCCUUUUCCUCCGCUCGAUUUAGGUCCAGCUGCUCAAUUUGUUCCUUCAGUCUCUAACGGCCUUCUCUCAUGGAAAACAUUAAAUCCAGAAAAAUUACUUAAUUCAGUUCGUUCACUUAUUGAUGUUACUAUGGUUUCUGAUUUAUUUGAAAGGGCAGGUAUUGGCGCUGCAUAUCAAGACCGUCCUUGUAUUGACCCACUCGAUCCUGACUGUCCAAAUUCUGCUCCAAAUUAUUUCGAUCGUUGUCAAGCUUAUGCAAAAUUUAAAGAAUGGAAUAAUGCUUUACCUGAACAAAAUAAAAUUAAAUUGGAACAAAUUUCUAAAAAGGAAGAAAUUUCAAAGCCUUUAAGGAAAAGAGAAGUAACAGCAACAAAUAAUUCUUUAAAUUUAUUUUCAAAUACUUCAAAUAAUUCAACAACAGAUGAUUUGGCAGAUUAUUAUGAUAAUAAUGAUGAUGAUAAAUCUGAAACUACGGAAUCACCAGAAAAGAAAUUACAAAGACAAAUGUUGGAGGAAUGUAACAAAUAUGGAAUUAGUUUUAUGAAAUGGAUAAAUGAAAAUAGAAGUAGAUUGAUGGAAUUCUUGUCAGAAUCUGAUAAAUCAAUUUUACCUCAAUAUCCGAAUUAUGGCGAACAAUUAACUGGUGGAUGUAAAGGAUUUGGAAAAAAUAUAAUGCACUGGCCAGAAGAUUUAAUUGUUGGUGGAAUUGAGAGAGACUCUAAUGGAUUUAUUCGACACGCAGAAGGAUUCCAAACAGUUUUCUUAGUUGCUUCAGCUGGGGAUGUUCAACACAGAAUUUCUCAUGCCAAAUCACCAAAUUAUAAAACUAAAAUUGACAAAAAUCAUUUUACUACAACCCAUGCUUCUGUUAUUAUUCAGACAUGGCAGAGAAGCUUUACUAAACGUUUAUAUGAACAUGAAUUAAAUAAACCGAGUGAAGGCAUUCGUGUUGUCCAUCCAUUAGCUUCCACAUCCAUUUCAGAAAUGUUUGAUUUUAUAACUUUAUAUUUAAAUUUUCUAAAUUUCUACAGGUUAGAACAAUUCAGCGAAUUUCAAUUUGGCACAAUAUUUAUUGGAUAUAUUUUAAUGAUUAUUUAUGCUGGGUGGUCUCAAUUACAAUGGGAUGGAUUUUGGUUUUCUUCACGUUCUAGUUGUUUAUUAGCUGUUGUUGGUGUACUUAUGAUUACUUUUGCUUCAGUUGCGGGUCUGGGAGUUGCCACAGCCAUGGGAAUUAAUUUCAAUGCUGCAACAACUCAAAUUGUUCCUUUUCUUACUUUGGGGCUUGGUAUAGAUGAUAUGUUUCUUUUACUUCAUAAUUAUAAUGAUGUAUUAGAAGCUGUUAAAGAGAAAGAAGUGGCUGUAUUACUUAAGGAGACAGGAAUGUCUAUCCUCAUAACUUCCAUCAACAACAUUCUUGCUUUUAUCACUGGUUGUAUUUUACCAAUACCGGCACUUCGUUCGUUUUGUGGGCAGACCGCCAUUUUAUUAACAUCCAACGUUCUCUGUAUUAUAAUGCUCUAUCCAGCAUUUAUUGCCCUAGAUUUGAAGAGAAGAAAGGCUGGUUAUCGUGAUAUGCUUUGCGGUGUUGAUUACUGUUAUCGCUUUGUUUCAUCCCCAGCUAAACAAAUUGUUGAACAACAUCCAUCUGGGAAAAGAAAAUUGGAAGAAAGCAGUAGCCGAAAUCAAUUAGUCAAAACAGACUCCGAUUCCCCUUCAUUAAAUAAUCAAUCAGAAAUUGAUUUACAACAAAUGAGUGAAUCAGUAUUUGGAACAGGCCCAGCACUUAAAACAAAAUUACAAUUAAAUUGUGAACACACAGAAAAUAAUUUUAAUAUAAAAAAAUUUGUAAAUAAAUGGUUGACUUUGAAUGGGUUUUUACAUGAAGUUUAUAUUCCAACAUUGAGGAAACCUAUUGCUAAGGUAAUUCGGAAUUUGGACUUUUAUAUUUAUAAAUCAUAA